AUGGCAGACGGCAAGCGCCUCUCUUCUGCCGGGAAGGUCGCAACGCCUAAGCUCGGAGACCAGUCUAUCCUCAAUGACUCGCACCUGUUCAAGGUCAUAGGCAAGCGCCUCGAGCCGGCAGCCUCCCCUCGCUCCACCCCAGAGGAUGCGCUCUGCUCCUCCCCCCGCCCCAGUGACGACGUGGCUGCUCACACCGGCGCCCCGCACAGAGUCAAGAUCACGACGACGGUUGCGAACCAUGUGCUCGAGGGCACCGUCUUUGCCGCCGACCCCGUCCUGAACGCCGUCGCCGUCAACACCGCCCCGGCCCCGCCGAACCCAUCGACCAACCUAGCCACCCAGCCGGGCAACUUCCACGUCGUGUCGAUCCCGAACAUCCAGAAGUUUGAGAUCCUGUCGGACGGCGCCGGCGCCGACAGCUUCGAGAAUGCCACGCCGACGAUUGCCUCGCUGGACCUGGGCGCGCUGAAGGCGCGCGAGGAGGCGGCCGUGCGCAAGCUGCUUGAGAAGGAGGAGCACAGGAACAGAGAAGUGUCGUCGGAGGUGCAGGAGCUCUACGAUGCCUUCAACCGAACGCUGCCCAUGCGCUGGCACGGCACCACGAUGAUCAUCAACGACGCCGUCCUGCUCGGCCCGCCCUACACCGUCAACGAUCUCAAGGCCGCCGAGGGCAAGGAGCGCAACAUCGAUCACAUCAAGAGGAUCAUGGAGGGUUAUCUGGCAAAGAAGAGGAGCGGAGGCGCGAACAGGCCCGGAGUCGCCACGCCCAUCCCGCCGCGCAAGGGCGGCUGA